AUGCUCCAAGCCUUCAGGUUGCUCCUGAUGUCUCAUUUUCUCUUCAGUCUAGUGACAGCCAGCGAUGAAGUUCUUUCCAUUCUUCCUUCAAUUUCAACGGACCUUAUUUGAGGCCAUAAACUGGGAAACGUACAAGCCGACAGGGUCUCUGAGAGAAAAGAGUUCAGCCGAAGUUCCCUGGGAGCCGCUCCGUUUCGAUUUUGCUUUUGAACCGGAAUAUUUCGAGUUUUUGAGGAUUCGGUGGAAAUAAUAUCAGAGUUUUGAAGCAUGCCGGAAGAUGAGAAACGUGGAGUGAUGGACUCCGUGGUGGUAGCAAUUAAAUCGUACGAGGGUGUCAAAGUUCAGCGUGAUCCGAAGGGGAUUCUUUUGCCACGAAUGUAAGUUUACGUUCGCAAAAAUAGAUCCGGUAUCAAAAAACAGAAAACCUCACAGCUUGUAAGCUUAAAUGAAUAUUUGCUGGCUAGGGAGUUUUUUUACCCUCCCUCCUUAGUCAGUUCUCAGAAACGCUCCUUAGUCAGUUCUCUGACAGCUCCAAGAGCAUCCCUAAGGCGAGUGAUAAAUAGUUGAGCAGCACCAAAUUCAGUACUAAAAUUUUUUGCAGUCCCAAGAGCAAGACCAAAGAAUUUUGGCAGACCCAUAAAAGGUAGCGAAGAAAAAGAAAACAGUGAGAAUUAUUUACUCCAACCAAACGAUCUAAGUUUCAACCCCUAUUUGUUAUUUUUACCAUGUUCCAAAAUCAUAAAAUUCAAUUUCAGCAACGGUCAAAAGGCGAUUUGCGACAAUGGCACAUUCUUUACAGAAGAUAAAAAUUACUUCAAGGUGAAACCAAAAUAUUUUUGAACAAAUUCAAAAAACUACAGUGCGAUGGUGAGAAAGGCUGCUAUGAGGAACCGCUCCAACGAGUAAAACACUUCGAAAAUUUUUUUUAAAAUUUUUUGUAACUUUCAGGCGGAUUACGUCUUUCACAUCAAAGUCCGAGAUCUUCCAGACAGAGUUCGGGCCCAGUGUAGACCUUGCACCUAUGAUAUCAAUACCAAUAGGUUUCUCUUCAAUUUAGUAUAGGUGACGAAGAAAUCGGUUUUUAGGCCAACCUCUGGAGAAAUCACUAUUGGACGUGCUGCUUUGCGUCAUGGGCUACAAACACAAGUACACGGGGUUUGUGAUUAAAAUAAUGGCCGCAUUUGGAAUGGCUGAACGGUUUUUUUUUUGGUCUGGUCAAGCCAUUCUAAGAGCAAUAAGGUUUUCACUACAAAAUUUCUGAACCAUGGCUCAAAAAGUGUAGAAGUCCGCCUAUGAAAACGCGAAUUUCUACAAAAUUAUAUCUAUUAUCUAUAUUAACCAUAUUUUUUGAGACCUUUUAGGGCAUGGAAGCGAUGUACGACACGCUUCGGCAUGAAAUGGGCCACGGAUUAUACAUGAAGGCCGAACUUUUCACAUUAUAUCCAGAUUACAAGUAACUAAUUUUGAAACCUAUUUUCUUGAAAUUUUCGAAGACAUUCAAAGAAAAGCUUGAAUUUUCAGGAAAAAUCACAUCACAUCGACUCGUUUCGAAGUUUACCCAGAGAUAAAAACGAAUAAAACGAAAAACGAGCUAUUUUUGGGAAUUUCAUUUCCAAAAUCUCUCGAAGCGGCUCGGCACUACUACCACUGUCCCGACCUAAAAUAUAUCGAGCUGGAAAACGAUAAAAAACGCGUCACGGGUCAUUAUGAAGCCGAUUUUUUGCCGGUUGGUUUUCGGCAAAGAAGGCUUCUACAAAAAUGUAGUCAAUUUUUCCCGACUUGAAAGGCGAGGGAGGCAGAGAAGUGGGCGGGACGCGUUGCGUGUGCGCUCGCGGUUCUUGGCACGAGUUCAAUUCAAGCGUCACCAACGAUUUGAGAAGCUCGGUCACCGCUCUUUUUUUUAUCUAUUCUACUAAUUUUGAAUGCAGAAAUGAAAAAAAAGCCAAUAGAUAACCAAAAAAGAAAUGAAAAGAGCAAUAAUGGAGCCUCCAAACGAUCAAUGGCGGUUAAAGCGAAUUCGUGCCAAGAACCGCGAACGCACACGUGGCCGCCUUUCAGGUCGGGAAAAAAUGACUACAAAAAAUCCGCUGAAAUUUCAAUUUUUACAGUACGAAUACAUGAAACCGUUUCCCGGCGAAGAUAGUCGUUUUUUAACGAAAAUUUCCUUGGCUUUGAUGGAAGAUUCUGGAUGGUACAAGGUGGACUAUUCGUGGGUUUCAAUUCAACUUUUUGAUAAGUAUUAUAAAAGCUCUACACUAGAGAUCAUUAGCAGCCUGAAGAGACGCCAGAGACACGGAGAAUCUUUGAUUCUCUGGAGUCUCUUGGUCUCUCGUUGCCUCGGACAGUCUGUUUGAUCAUUCAGAAAAGCCGAACCCUAUCCUCCAUUAUUCGAAGACAAAAAUCCUUGUUUCGUCGCCAAGUCGUGCCGUUUUGCAGAAUAUAAGGGAGACAGCUUGUAAAUUCGAGUUUCUGGGAGAUUAAAAAAAGAAGAACUCUUUCAGUAGUUUCUUCACAAAAUGUCAUCCAGGCCGAAAAUCUCACUACGGGCCAUUGGGAUACAAAAAAGUGACUUACAGCAGGUGCAGAAUGCCCUGGGUUUGUCAAAAGAAAUGAAGUUCUGAUGGGUAUUUGAAUAAUUCAGAUUACAACGUGCCGAAAGUACCCGAGAAAUGAGGUGAAGAAAAAAAAUUUUUUUUUCCUCAUAAACGAAACUUAUAUGAAUUCCUCUAUAAAUCAAACUAUAAAUCAAAAAUCUAUGCUACUUUUUCCCUAUAAAUACAGUUCAAGGACUACCGGUGCUUGGAACACGACGGCCUUUUCAACAUUCAGUUGAUUGGAGACUCUGGGGUUACUACCAUGAAAGAACCGGUAACUGCGCCACAAUGUUACAUGGUUUACAAGAAUAGGUAGAAAAAUUGAUCAACUACAUUUUGUUCCAGAUAAAGUGCAACGGGGGCAAAGUGGCUUUUGUUUCUGAAGGGAAACACUACUUUUGUGACAAUCCCGGGCAACGAAUCAAGCUUAGUGAAGUGAAAUUUUUUCUGGAAAAGUCUUUAAAUAGAAGUCCAGAGUGGUCCCUAUAAGGACAGCCUUGAGGGCCCUUGGAAGCUUGCAAAAGCGGUCCCCACACGGGACAUGCUAGGAGAUUUGUUUUCCUAAACUCUAGAGCGACCACUCUGAAAUUCUCAGAAAGUUAACUUGACAAUCCCAAAUUCUCUUUUAAAGCUAAGACCUGCUGAGAACUCAUAAAGCUCCAGAAUUAUUUCCAGACUUUCCAAGACGGUCAUCACUACCACACGCUGGCCGCUCACAACGCCACCCGGUUCUCAAAGAUAAAUGUGAGAGUUCCGUACUUUCGAAUUCUAUCCUUUUUCAGGGCGAUUUGCCCUACUCGGUCGAGAGGACUGUAAUUUGUCCUGAAUAUUGCGAGGUGUGCGACGAAAAAGAUUCAAUAACUUGUCCUCCCAAAGUGGCUUCUGCAGCCGCUUGA